AUGAAAAGAUCAGCCGUAAUAUUCGUGGAAAAGGCAACACCGGGGACUUUAACUGAAUUUAAGGAUAUUCUUUCCAAUACGUUAUUAUCAUUAUUAGAAUCUUGGUCCGUUGAAUUCAGAACUUAUAGGUGUCUGAUAAAAAAUCUACCUCCAGAGGCUUCUCGACUGAUGUACUCGAUUACUUUCCAACAUCAUGAUAGGAAAACUAUUUUAAUCAAAAACAAACUUGCUAUGAUUACUACCUCGAGCCCUUCAGAAGUGCCUAGGGAUCUAGUAGAUAAUGUCUCCAGUACAAAUAGCCCCGAGCCCUUCGACCAAAUUUUGUCUUCGAAGCUUUCCAAUAUAUGGAAUCAGAGGCAGAUCAUCAAGGGAGAAGCGGGCGAAACGUUUGAGACUACAGAUACCUUAGUAAGAGCAGUAAAUCUUUUUUCUUAUACAGGUUUCAAAGGUUUGCUUAUAGAAUUGACAUCUCCGGAAGAUGCUACCGCUGAAGAGUUCAAUAAAAGUGUACAACGCAUGCGAACGAUGCUUGAAGGGAUUGGAGCGAAGGACGUUAAAGUUUCCCAGGAAAAUCUAAACCCCUCCAAUUGUGAUUAUAUUAGUGAUUUAGCAUAUCAAUACACCCGUGUUUUGGAGUUUUAA